AUGGUUGCUCAACUUCGCUUCGAAAACUCUUUUUGGACACCAAAUAAUUAUACUACAGGAAUCACAGUUUUAUACGAUAAGCUUGAACAGGGAAGAAUCGAAAAUGAGGAAAUUGUUGGAUUCAUAAGGGAAAGGAUAUCAAUUGAGGAGUUAUAUGGUAAAAAACUAUGUGAUCUCUCCAAGUCAUGUAGACAAGACGGAUUCUUGCGCGAUGACGGUGCUUCUCUACGAAAAUCAUUUGAAACAGUCAAGAAUGAGUGUGGUAAUUUAGGGCAAGCACAUUUACGUCUUGCUGGCAAUUUAGCUGAAAUUGUAUUACAACCAUUACUUAAAUCUAAAGAGGGGCAUGCUAAACGUCUUAAAUCAAGUAGAGAAGAAUUAACUGGAUAUUUGAAAAUUUAUGAACGGUUAGUUGCGGAUGUAGAAAAAUUGCGUAUUAAUUAUGUGAAUAAAUGUCAAAUAGCCGAUGAAGCGGAAGAAAGAGCUACCAAUGAAGAAUUAGCUCAAAAAUCUUUAGAGAAAGGAAAAAUGAAAAAUAAUUUCCAAUUAUUAGUAGUUGUUCUCGGUCAACAAUCCUUUACAGAGGAUGAAAUUAUGAAAUUUCUUUCACGAAUGCGCGAUGAAAUUUCUUCUCGAGAAGUAAAAUUUCCGAUAUUAGGAGUAUAUAAUGAUGUAUACAGUGGCGAGGAUAUUGUCAAAUGGUUACGAGAAAAUCAUCCUAAUGCACGCACUUUGAGGGAAGCUGAAAUUAUUGGCCAAGAAUUGGCUGAUCAAGGAUUUUUACGUCUUGUCGGAGCAUACGGAAAUAAAUUCACUGGUAGUCCUUCUUAUUACUUUCAAUGGAAGAUAAAGGCUUUUAAUCUUAGAGCUACUGAAGAACCUGUUACUUUGUCAAAAAGUUGGGGUGAUUUGGUAUCGACUAUUGCUACACCUAGUCAGCCAGCUGAAAAGCGUGCUCGUAAAGAAGCUGAUGAAGCUGAUGAAGCUUAUAGACAUGCAGUUAGAAGACUCGAUAGAACGCGUCAAUAUCUUGAAGAAUGUAUGAUCGAUCAUUUGAAUUUCAUGGAAAAAAGUGAACUGGAUCGAAUUAAGGCUUCGAAAACAGCUUUCCUGAAUUACGCCGCGACAUUCGGUAGCAUUAUUUCUACUUUCCAGGAUAUGUCAGAGAGAUUGCUUAUAUAUCAUGAGGCCUUAAAACCAGAAAAUGAUAUUCAAUUCAUGAUUGAGAGAUAUCGUACUGGUCCAUUCAUUCCACAGGUCAUUUUAUAUAAGAACCAGUACAACGGAAGCGCAAAUGAUCAGACGUUUGGUGUUCCACUAGAAGAGAAGGCUAAGCAUGAUUUAAAGUAUAUUCCACAGAUUGUAACAAAAUGUCUUAGUUGUAUAACCAAAGGAUCUUCUAAAUGGAAUGAUGCUGAUAAAAGACUUGUAUGGACAACAAAUGUUCCUUUGACGUCAAUUCAUGCACUUCGUGAUAAAAUCAACGAUGGUGGAAAAAUUGCGUUAAAAAAUUUGAGAGAACAUGAUUUAUCUGUUGUUGCAGGAGUCCUGAGAUUGUAUUUAUUGGAAUUACCUGAAUGUUUGCUCACCUUUGAACUUUAUGAACCGGUGAAGAUGUUAUAUUCAAUUAGUCCUGAUGAUCAAGACGAUAAAACGCGCCUUUCCUCUGCGGCCAAUUUGCUAAUUACAUCUCUUAACGAUGUAAAUUAUCGAACUUUGAAUGCAUUCGUAUCUCAUUUGCAUCAGUUAGCCUUGUCUGUGAAGCCUGAUGAUAGGUUUAUUACAACUAUUACUCAACUAUAUGGGUUUAUUUUAUUAAGACCAGCAAAUAAAUCUACAAUUUAUCUUGAUGACAAGCACCCAACCAAGUUAUUAAAGGACUUAAUUAUUUACUAUGACGAGAUAUUUAAGAAUUUAAAUAUUACAUCAAGCUCAAUAAGUGAAGUUACGAGACGUUCUAUAAGCCGCGAUUCUUUGCAGUCUAACAAAUCUACCAAUACCAAGUCAACUCUCUCAACUAUUUCUAAUCGUUCCAGUCGUACUAGCAACAUUACAAUAAAUACUUCACCAUCUAUGAAUAAAUAUACUAAGGACUCUCAAAUGAAAGAAAAUGAAUAUUCAAAUGAUCAUCUAAUUAUUCAAAAUGGAUCGGAAUCAACCACUGGGGUAUCAACUAAGUUUCCUAUUGAAAAUACAUAUAUAAUUUCUCCAAUUACUACAAAGGAACCAGAUUCAAUAGGAGAUAGUCCCGUUAGCCCUACAGCACGUUCAGGUAACGGCAAAGAAGAUUCGUUGUCAUCUAAUCAUGGAACAACUGGAUUAGGGCGACGUCGAGGAUUUCGACGACAAUCACGUGGAACUAGUUCACCUUCUGGUUCAAUAAGCCGCUCAAGAAGAAGAAAUCGUGAAUCAGAAAUUAGUAAUGAUCCGGAAGAUGCUUAUGAAGAUAGAAUAUCUGAUUCAGGAUCAACGGAGUCAUCCCCCAUCUCACCGAUUUCUAGAACAAAUUCUAAAAAGUUAUAUACUUCACGUCCAAAUUCAGGACACUUUGUAUUUCCAAACAAAUCAUUUAUUUCGGUUGAUGAUACUUCGUUAGAAGCUGUACCCAUUACUCCCCACGAACUUCAACCAAAGAAUCCAUAUAUAGCAACCUUUCAUCUUUUAAAGAUCACAAAAGAUUAUCUUGACAGAUCGAAGAAAAGAUGGCCAGAAAAUUGGCAUGAAGGUAUGAGUUGGAGAAAAGUUUCGGUACGCAUGGAGGAUGGUACAGCUCACAUGGAUGUGGUUAUGAGAAGGACGCUACCGGAACUCAAUUAUUGA